GUAAUACAACUAAUACAUUCACUCUGUGGUUUAUAUUUUGUAAUCGUAAUUUAAUUAUUAAAUUAGAGUAAAUAAUAAAUUCAUUUUGUUAAUUUUAAUUGUUGUAUUUUAAUUUUUUAACAAAAUAUCGAAACUAAAAUCAGUUGAGAUCCAAGAGUAAUAUUAUCUUUGAAACAAAGCAUCACGUUUUAAAUACCCAACUAUGGAUAAAACAAAAACAAAUAAUAUGGCUUCCCCUGCAGUAAACUUUAAAACAAGUAGGCAUUCUAUACCGAUUGAUAUUUUAGAUGAUCUGUGUAGUCGUUUCAUUAUAAAUCUUCCUCCAGAGGACAGAGGCAACUUGGUUCGCAUUUGCUUUCAAAUUGAGCUUGCACAUUGGUUUUAUUUGGAUUAUUAUUGCACUGAUGACAGCAACAGACUCAACCCUUGCGGAAUUCGGGAAUUUGCAGCACAUAUAUUUCAGCAUGUUCCCCAGCUGCGAGAGCAUGUAAAGAGCUUGGACUCUGUUCUGGACAACUGGCGGGAGUACAAGCAGAGUGUACCAACAUAUGGUGCUAUUAUACUUGAUACCGACCUAACUCAUGUUCUUCUAGUGCAGUCCUACUGGACCAAAGCAUCUUGGGGUUUCCCAAAAGGAAAGGUCAAUGAAGAUGAGGAGCCUUGGAAGUGUGCAGCGAGAGAGGUACUUGAAGAAACUGGCUUUGAUAUAAGCAGUUUGAUCAACAAGCACGACUACAUUGAAGCUGUGAUACAUGAACAGAUUGUCAGACUCUACAUUAUUGGCUAUGUGCCAAGAGAUACCAAGUUUCAGCCUCGCACUCGGAAUGAGAUCAAAGCUUGCGAAUGGUUCCCCAUAGAGGACUUACCGGCUAAUAGGAAAGAUAUGACACCCAAGGUGAAAAUGGGUGUCAGUCCGAACGCUUUUUUCAUGGUUCUUCCGUUCGUUAAACGCAUGAGACGAUGGGUGGCUGAGCGGAACCCUAAAGUGUUUACGAGACGAACGCGUCAUAAGUCUAUGGGGGAAAUUGAGUCAGUGAAGAAUGUAAACAAAACUAUUUCGAAGGGCCUUCAAAAUGAAAUACAUGAGUACCAGCAAAACACAGAACAUAAGUAUAAAACUGGUCCGACACACAGUACAUCGAAAACGAAUGGGAAUAGGAAGAAUGGCAAAAUGGCGAAGCGACAACUGUUUACUCCGCAGAAUACUCACAAAAACAACUAUUCUCCAACACAGAGAGACAAUACCACUAGUGAUAAUCCAUACUUGAAAUUUGUAGCCCCCUCGUGGGCUAACUUUAAAUUUGAUAAACGUGCUAUUCUGGAGUGCCUCACUUGAGUAGUAUAUAGUGGUCUAUUGGUUUGAAGUGAUUGCGAAACAUGGCGAAAGUUUAUAGUAUGAGUACAAGUUUUAACUAUG